CAUACGUGGAAAUUCAACCGUGCUCCGACUUCCAGCCAUGCCCAUCAUCACCACCAACCACCACUGCUUAAGCACCUGCUCUGGGCUGGACACUGUCCUGGACCUUGUGGGGGGACUCAAAAAAGAGAAAAGACAUGGCCCUUGCCCUCCAGCACCUUGUAAUUUAUUUCGGGAGCUGAAACCCACUCACAUGAAGCGGCGUAAGAACACUAAACAGAAGUACUUCACUAGAAUGGACACCAGGAAAAAAGUUCACGCAUUUGUGCGUGUCAAGCCCACUGAUGACUUUGCUCAUGAGAUGAUCACAUAUGGAGAUGACAACAAAAGUAUUGACAUUCACUUUAAGAAAGACACACGGAGAGGGAUUGUCAAUAACCAACAGACAGACUGGUCAUUCAAGCUGGACGGAGUUCUCCAUGAUGCCUCCCAGGACUUGGUUUAUGAAACAGUUGCACAGGAUGUGGUCUCUCAGGCCCUCGAUGGCUACAAUGGCACCAUCAUCUGUUAUGGGCAGACGGGAGCUGGCAAGACAUACACCAUGACGGGGGCAACUGAGAAUUACAAGCACCGGGGGAUCCUUCCUCGUGCCCUGCAGCAGGUGUUCAGGAUGAUCAAAGAGCGCCCCACACAUGCUAUCACUGUGCGUGUCUCCUACUUGGAAAUCUAUAAUGAGAGCCUGUUUGACCUCCUGUCCACCCUGCCCUACGUGGGCCCUUCCGACACACCCAUGACCAUCGUGGAAAAUCCUCAGGGAGUCUUUGUGAAGGGCUUGUCCGUGCACCUCACCAGUCAGGAGGAGGAUGCCUUCAGUCUGCUUUUUGAGGGAGAGACCAACAGGAUCAUAGCCUCGCACUCGAUGAACAAACACUCGUCCAGGUCACACUGCAUUUUCACCAUCUACGUGGAGGCCCAUUCUCGGACCUUAUCGAACGAAAAGUACAUCACUUCCAAAAUCAACCUGGUGGACCUGGCGGGCUCGGAGAGGCUGGGCAAGUCUGGGUCUGACGGCCGAGUCCUGAAGGAAGCCACCUACAUCAACAAGUCACUGUCCUUCCUGGAACAGGCGAUCAUCGCCCUAGGGGACCAGAAACGGGACCACAUCCCCUUCCGGCAGUGCAAGCUCACCCACGCCCUGAAGGACUCCUUAGGGGGAAACUGCAACAUGGUCCUGGUGACAAACAUCCAUGGAGAAGCCGCCCAGUUGGAAGAAACGCUGUCCUCGCUGCGGUUUGCCAGCAGGAUGAAGCUGGUCACCACAGAGCCUGCCAUCAACGAGAAGUAUGACGCAGAGCGGAUGAUCAAGAACCUGGAGAAGGAAGUGGCGCUGCUGAAGCAAGAGCUGGCCAUCCAUGACAGCUUGGCCAACCGCACCCUCGUGACCUAUGACCCCAUGGAUGAAAUUCAGAUUGCCGAGAUCAACUCCCAGGUGCGGAGGUACCUGGAGGGGACGCUGGACGAGAUCGACAUCAUCAACCUCAGACAGAUCCAGGAGGUCUUCAACCAGUUCCGGGUGGUUCUGAGCCAACAGGAACAGGAAGUAGAGUCCACCCUGCUCAGGAAGUUCACCAUCACCGACAAGAGUGAUUUCACGACCAUCUCUGCUGUCCAGAAGACAGGACUUGUGGAUGUCGACGGCAGCCAAGCAAGUGAGCCUGACGAGCAAGCCUUUGGACUCGGUGCUGCCCCUUCCUCCAGCAAGCCCGGGAAGAAGUCCAAGCCCAAGAAGACAUUCAAAGUGCCGCCCAGGUCUUCAGCAAAAAAGAAAGGUGCCAGCAGCCCCGUGAGCAGCCGGGACCUGGAUCUGCCUUCCUCCUCCAAGACCCAGCUGGUCCCGGGGGAAGUCAAAGACAUACUUAUGCAAGACCAUGAGAUGUCCAGCAUGGAGCGCCUUCCCUCAGACUCCCCGAAGGAGGAGUUACGCCCACCCAGACCCAGUACCCCACCCUCCAAGGCCAUGGCCUUCGAAGAAUUUAAGAAGGAGCAAGGGAGCAUGAUCAACUGCAUCUUUAAAGAGAACAAGGCCAUCCUGAACGAACGGAGCAGGAAAGCCAGCGAGGUCACACAGCGCAUCAACGCCAUCAAGCGGGAAAUUGACGAGACCAAGGAGGCUCUGGAGUUCCAGAAGUCGCUAGGGGAGAAGCAAGGUCAGUAUGAGUCCAAGGGAAUGCUGGUGGUGGACGAGGAGGAGUUCCAGCUGAUCCUGAAACUCAAAGACCUCAAGAAGCAGUACCGCAGCGAGUACAAGGACCUGCUCGACCUCCGAGCCGAGAUCCAGUACUGCCGGCGCCUGGUGGACCAGUGUCGCCACCGCCUGCUCACGGAAUUUGACAUCUGGUACAACGAGUCCUUUGUCAUCCCUGCGGACGUGCAGAUGGCAUUGAAGCCAGGUGGCAGCAUUCGGCCGGGCAUGGUGCCCUCCAGCAAGAUCACAUCCCUGGGAGAAGAUGAUCUGGACAAGUUCACCCAACUGCAGCAGACGGUGCUGCCUGAGGGUCCCGAUUCUGUUUCCUUCUACAAUGCCAAAAUCAAGACAGAACAGAAGCACAAUUAUUUGAAAACUAUGACAGGCCUGCAGCGGACACACAGAAAAUAGUCUCGCUACCAGCACCUGGAAGGAGAGGACCAGCAACUCACUCCAACCUGCUCUUGCUUCGGCCUGGCGUUGCCACCAAGCUGCCUGCUCAGAGCGCCAGCCACUCUACUCCAAGACUGGCCGCGGCCCGAGAACACACAAUGGCCUGCCUUCUCCAAAGAGACACCAUCGCUUCUCUGCACAGAACACCGGCUACUUUGAUUUUCUGUCUUAUGUGCCAGGACAGAAUCAAAAAAAAGACUUUCUUGUCUAGCAUUCAUCAAGAACU